UUGAGAUCUCUAAGUGGGCUCAAAUUUGUCCCCAAAAAACAAAGUGGGCUCAAUUUUAGCAUAUCAUGAAACCUUUUGGAUAAUGAAGGCCAUAUCUCAGUCCAAAGGUUCCAUCUUGCCGGUGAUCAGUGGAGCUCCAGAGAGCCAUAAACGCACAGCAAGGUUGUGUGCCCUGCAAAUCCGUAAUACUCACAUGGAAGAGCAAUCCCAUGAACAAGCCUCGAUAGAGACAUCACCUUCUUCUUCUUCACUAGACCAUAAAACUUGGAUAGAGACCCAGGAUUUUCUGAAGAAAAAGUUGAUUGCAGAAGAUGAUUUCACAUGGAGAUUAGCUGUUACAGGAAGGUCAAUGGAGAAAGAGGAGGAGGUGUUGAAGUAUGUGGGUGGAGUUGAUAUAAGCUAUUCAAAGGAAGACCCAUCAAUGGCAUGUGGGAUUCUUGUAGUUUUGGACCUCCAAACUCUCCAAGUUGUCUAUGAAGACUUCUCUAUUGUCACCCUCCAUGUCCCUUAUCUUCCUGGCUUCCUUGCUUUCAGAGAGGCCCCAGUGCUUCUUGAGCUUUUGGAGAACAUGAAAGCCAAUGCUAAUCCUUUAUAUCCUCAGCUGCUAAUGGUAGAUGGAAAUGGAAUACUUCAUCCUCGAGGUUUUGGCUUGGCUUGUCACCUUGGCAUUCUGGCAAAUCUACCUACUGUUGGGAUUGGAAAAAAUCUUCACCAUGUGGAUGGCGUAACACUAUCUGGUGUGAUGCAACUUCUUAAAGCCAAGGAAGACUACGCUCAAGAUUUUGUUACUUUGAAAGGAUGCUCUGGGCGUAUAUGGGGAGUGGCAGUGAGAUCUACUGGUGGCUCAUUGAAGCCUAUAUUUAUUUCAGUUGGUCACCGUAUAGCACUUGAUACUGCCAUCAGGAUUGUAAAAAUGACUUGCAAAUUUCGUGUCCCGGAGCCUAUUCGGCAGGCUGACAUAAGAUCCAGAGACUAUGUUCGGAAGCAUCAAAUGAGAAUGUCCAAAUGAUUCAAUUUCAAGAAUCUGUUGUUAGUUAACAAGGCAAAAUUUGUGAGAUUUCAGGGCCUGCAGUAUUUUUGCCACACCAAUAUAUAGAGUGUUAGAAUGCGCAUUGGGUCCCAUUUUAAUGCUUCUCCUCGGCACCCAAAAACUCAAGGCCGGCCCUGAUUACACCACCAGGCUUUUCAAGAGACCCGGGUCUGCCAUCCACUUUCGAAGAAAAUGUUCAGAUCACGAUCCGUAACUUCAGUCUCCAGCUGAUGGCUCUUUAUUCUUACUAACAAAGGUUUGGGACUUAAAGCCACUCUCCAGUUGAAUAUCUAUCUGAUGGGCUACCGUGGUACACCAUACAUGCAUAGGAAGUGUUUCCACGAGCAUCCAAAUUCCACAUGAAUCCAAAUGGAGGGUGACAUUAUGGAGGUCCAUGUGAAAUCCUCGUCAACAAAUUAUCUAAACUCGAUUUGAAUGGUGUUGGCAGUUUACCAGAUGGUGUAAUUUGUUUCUUUUGUUUGGGGUUUUAUGAAUUAUUCACCAAUGAGACGAGGCUAGUUUCAUCAAUUUAUAGGUAGAUUUUUUACUUGCGCCUUUUUUUUAUUCUUGUUUGUUGGCUUCAGUGAUUACGCCACAAUUUUUUUGUAUAUAUAUGAAAUAGAAACUUCAUCAGGUAAACUGUUCUAAAACCUAAUGAGAAAUGUGAGCUUGUCAGCAAUUAUUGAUA